AUGAAGCCGCUCCUGAAGGUCCGCACGGUGACACUCGGCCUCAGCCUUCUCCCUAACCAGCCCGACGCCUGGGAUCUCGAGCUCGCGCGGGCCGCCGCCUUUGUGUCUUCCGCGCGGCGGCGGCUCGAGGACGCGGGCUACGAGGUGCAGACGACACGGAUCAGCAGCCAGAGCUUUGAGUCGUGGGUCGACGUCUCCGACGCGACCGCGGCGCUCGAGGCCUUCCGCCGGCUCGACGCCACCCUGCUGCGCCUCGGUGUCGGCCUCUUCAACGCAGGCCCAGCCACGUCGCCCGAGGGCCUCGCGCUCGUGCCGCAGAUCGUAGCGCUCGGGCCGCGCAUCUCAGCCUCCGGCGCGAUGCCCGGGCCGCUUGACCGCGCCGCCGCCUCGCGCCUCGCGGACGCGAUCCUUACCAUCUCGCAGACGACCGCCGGCGGCGAGGGAAACUUUCAGUUUUGCGCCUCCUUCAACACGCCCUUCUUCCCCGCGUCCUACCACGAGGGCGCCUCCCCCUCCUUCGCCAUCGGCUGCGAGACGUCCGAGCUUCUCGCCCACGCGAUGCCCCGUGCCGGCGGCGACCUGCCUCGCGCAAAGGCACUCCUGGUCGACACCUUCACCGACCAGCUGCUGCCGCUGCAGGCGAUUGCGCGGCAGCUGUCGCAGGCGCACGCACCUGCCGUGCGCGGCCCUACUCUAGCCCAGGCCUGGACCCGGCCUGGCGACCCCGCACAGGCGCACGGCCUACAGUACGACGGGAUCGACGCGAGCGUCGCGCCGAUGGGCGAUGCGAGCCCGCUGACCGGCUCCUUCGAGUCGCUCGGCCUCGGCUCCUUUGGACAGAGCGGCACCCUCGCCGCGGCGGCGCUGGUGACGGGCGCGCUCAAAGAGCUGCCCGUCGACACUUGCGGCUACUGCGGCCUCAUGUUGCCGCCCCUCGAGGAUGCGGGCUUGGCACGCGGCGCGGCCGACGGCGCCUACCGCAUCCACGACUUGCUCGCCUACUCGGCCGUGUGCGGCUUGGGCCUGGACACCGUCCCCGUGCCGGGCGACGUGCCUAAGGCCAAGCUCGCGGCGCUCCUCCUCGACGUCGCGGCUCUCGCGUUCCGGCUAAACAAGCCAUUGACGGCUCGCCUCUUCCCCGUCCCCGGGAAGGCCGCCGGGGACGCCGUCGAGUUUGAGAACCCGCACCUUUGCAGCUCCGCGGUCUUUGACGUGCCCUGA